GAGUCGGGCCGGGCACAAACGCGCAUGUAUUAACUCUCCCACGACGAAUCGACUACAAUAUAUAGUAAUCAAAACCGAAAGUUUCUAAAAUUCCGGUGAACAAUCGUAAAAUGGUGGCCGGUGUGAGAUUACUCGCAUACGGACGACUUGCAGUUAGAGCCGUUUUCUCGGCUUCUGCUCUAGAUCUUGGCUCCACAAUCGGCCCAGAAGCGAUAAGUUCAGGCCGACGAGGGCUCUCAAGUGGCUCAUCAAAACCAAAACCAUCGUCAGAAGGAUCUCCAUCAUCGCCAGCUCCGAGUGCUCACGUGGAAAAUGUGAUAGCAAGUUGUGCAGGAUUUCCGAAAGAUAUGUUAAAUGGACCAUCAACUGUACUGGAUAAAGGAGUAUUUGGAGAUGAUGCAUGGUUUAUUUCACGAUUUAAGAACACUUUUGUAGUUGGUGUUGCUGACGGAGUUGGUGGAUGGAGAAAAUACGGAAUUGAUCCAUCGGCAUUCUCGCGGAGGUUAAUGAAAGAAUGUGAAAAACGUGUUCAGAAAGGAGAUUUCGAUCCACAAAAGCCUGAAUCUCUCCUGGACUAUGCUUUCAGAGCAUCUGCAGAGGCGCCGAGGCCUGUUGGAUCCUCAACAGCAUGCGUUCUUGUCGUCCAUCAAGAAAAGUUGUAUUCGGCGAAUCUGGGGGAUUCUGGAUUUAUGGUUGUUCGCAAUGGAAAGAUUGUAUCAAAAAGUCGUGAACAAGUGCAUUAUUUCAAUGCACCAUUCCAAUUAACACUUCCACCAGAAGGAUAUCAAGGAUUUAUUGGUGAUAAGGCUGAUAUGGCUGAUAAAGAUGAGAUGGCUGUUAAGAAGGGUGAUAUUAUUCUAUUAGCAACUGAUGGUGUAUGGGAUAAUCUUAGUGAGCAACAGGUGCUCGAUCAGCUGAAAGCUCUUGAUGCUGGAAAGAGUAAUGUGCAAGAGGUAUGCAAUGCUCUGGCACUGACCGCCCGUCGAUUAGCAUUCGACUCAAAACACAACAGCCCAUUUGCAAUGAAGGCUCGUGAACACGGAUUCUUGGCGCCAGGCGGAAAACCAGAUGAUAUUACACUUGUCUUGCUGCUUAUUGCCUAAAAGAUUCUGUUUUUUUUUAAUUUCUGAAUUAGAUUAGUAGUGUUAAUUACUUUUUUUGUUUCUUUUUUUGCCUUCUCCUCCCACAUUUACAGGUUCCACGUCCCCACCCCCUCAAGAUCACCAAAUAUCAAUUUUCGCUCCCUUUUUCUCCCCUAAAGUAGGGAAAAUUAUCGUUUUUUGAGAUCUCCUCCUCCCUAUUUUGCUCCUUUUCUCCCCGAAAUUCCCCCUAACUUGUGCCUUUUUUGAGAUUUUUUUAUUGGAUAACGCCACGUUUUCCACGUAAUCGGGAGUUUUUUACACGUAAUAAGGGUAAUCAAUAAUGUUUUUUUUUCUAGUGACUUAGCGUCAUUUGUGUCUUAUAUUGCUGACACGGUUAGUUAGUUGAGAAUUAAUUUUUUUUGUUUUGUUUUUUCUUGUAUUUUUUAAUUGUUUUGAAUGCAAAAAAUUACAGAAAAUUUUCCCAGAUUUUUAGUAAUUUUUGAACCAAAUUACACUUUUUUCCGGAUUUUUGAGGUUUUUUUAUGCUAAAAAUCUAAUUUUUUCAAAAUUUUCAUAUUUUCCAGAUUAACUUUUACAAAAAAAUUGCUUCAGAAUUUAAUGUUGAGAAACAAAUUUCCUGAAAGUUUUUGCAAAAAAUUGAUAAUAUCUUUAGCAUUAAAUAAUUUUUUUCUGAAAAAAAUCCAAUUUGAAACAUCUUUCUACUAAAUUUCAAAAAAAAAACCCAAAAAAAUACGAAAAAAAGUGUAAUUUCCCCCUAAUUUUGGAGUACUUUUGCUCUUUAUCACCUGAAAACCCACGCACACCCUCAAUUUUUUUCUCCUCUAUCUUUUCCGUAUACAAUAAAUUUUCUAGUCGAA